UAGAACCGGUAGAAACUGCCUUGUUAUGUGAAUCUGUGCGGCGGAAGGGGUUUGGGCGCACGUUUUUGUACGAUAUUCUAUUUUCAUUCUACGUAUUUAGUUGUUGGACUGACAUCAUGUGGGGCGGAUCGGAGAACCAGUCCCAGAAGACGCUGGGGAUGACCUCGGCCAUCAGCCUGGCACCGGCCAAGCCAGCUGACCUGGAGAAGUCCCGAGAGCUAGAGAGCUUUCUGCGGGACCAGGACCAGUUCGAGGCUGACGUCGAGCUACACCAGAGGCUCGAGGUUCUUAGUAAGCUCAACACACUAGUAAAAAUGUGGAUUAGAGAUGUGAGUAUAGCCAAGAACAUGCCAGAAAGCGUCGCAUACACCGUCGGAGGCAAGAUCUACACAUUCGGCUCCUACAGACUGGGCGUCCAUAACCGCGGCGCCGAUAUCGACACGCUGUGCGUGGCGCCGCGGCACGUGGAGCGGUCCGACUACUUCUCCAGCUUCCUGGAGCUGCUGCGGAACACGCCGGGCGUCACCGACCUCAGGGCAGUGGAGGACGCCUUUGUACCCGUCAUCAAGAUGGAGUUUGACGGCAUCGAGAUCGAUAUGCUGUUCGCUCGCCUGGCGCUGAAAGAGAUCCCCGAUGACAUGGACCUUCGCGACGACCACCUGCUGAAGAACCUGGACCAGAAGUGUGUGCGCAGUCUGAACGGUUGUCGCGUGACGGACGAGAUUCUGAGGCUGGUACCCAACGUGGAGACGUUCCGACUGGCUCUGCGCGCCGUCAAACUCUGGGCAAAACGGCGCGGCAUCUACAGUAACGUGCUGGGCUACCUGGGCGGCGUGUCGUGGGCCAUGCUGGUGGCGCGGACGUGCCAGCUGUACCCGAACGCGGCGCCCUCCACCAUCGUCAACAAGUUCUUCCUCGUGUUCAGCCAGUGGGAGUGGCCGCAGCCGGUACUGCUGCGGCAGCCAGACAACGUCAACCUCGGCUUCCCCGUGUGGGACCCGCGGGUGAACGUGUCUGACCGGUUCCACCUGAUGCCCAUCAUCACACCAGCGUACCCGCAGCAAAACUCCACCUUCAACGUCUCGAACAGCACACGCACUGUCAUGACGGAGGAGUUCAAGACGGGCCUGGCGGUCACCAACCAGAUCCUGGACAGCUCGUCGCCCUGGGAGCUGCUCUUUCAGCCGCACUCGUUCUUCGCCAAGUACAGGCACUAUCUGAUGAUCGUCGUGUCUGCGGACACGGAGGAUGACCUGCUCGAGUUCCGCGGCCUGGUCGAGUCCAAGAUCCGCCACCUGGUCACGUCGCUGGACCGCAACCAGAACAUCAGCCUGGUGCACGUGAACCCGGAGACGCUGCCGCCGCCGCCCGACUCGGCACCAGGAGCACACAGCUGCGUCUGGGCUCUGGGCCUGGUGUUCAACAAGUCCGAGCACCUCAACGUCGAUCUGACGCUCGAGAUUCAGAACUUCACUGAGCACGUGCACAAGCAGGCUUACUCGACGGCCAAACAGCAGAUGAAGGAGGGCAACAAGCUGGACGUCAAGUACGUGAAGCGGAGACAGCUGGUGCAGUACCUGCCGGCGGCCACGCUGCAGCUCAUGCGGAAGGCCGCCGCAGGCCAUCCGCUGCAGCGCCGUCCGCCUGCAGUCGCGCUCCGACACGGCUCUGGUGCGGCCUGGGGAGACGGCCGAACACAGACUGCGACGCCAGAGUCUCUCGGCGGCGGCGCUCCCGUCUGCGGGCUCGAACGGCGCCUCGCCCACGCCGGCGGGCCAGCGCACCAAGCGACCCUCCGAGUCGGGCACGGCUGGCGGCACGCCGGACUCACUGGCGAAAAAGUCGCGCACCACGGACUCUGCAGCGGAUGUGGCCGGGCUCGCGAACGAGGAUUCCAACUCGAGUCUGACGACGGUGCAGACGGCGCCUGCCCCGGCCGCGCCCGGCUCGGCCACUGUCGACUCGCAGCUCAUUAAACAGGUGUCGUCCCGGCCGCCGGUGCCGCUGCAGGUCUCUGCUGACGGCGAGCGGUGACGCAGCCGGAGCGCCGCAGCCCGCUCCGCCGGCCCGCCCGAUGGUGCUGGAGGCAGGAGCGCGAGCGUUGGAGACCAGCCGAGCCGCGCGGCCCGCCUCCCGUGCCGACCAGUGACGUAUGUGUACCAGUGAGGUGUGGUGUGAGUGUGUGUGAGCGAGAGUCUGAUUCCUGUCCUUUGUCUGAUUUUUAACGCAUCAUCCAACAUUCCUUAUCGAGAAGUUAUUAGAAAAACAAAAAACCCAUAAAAACAAGAAAAGAAAAAACGAUGGUUCGUUCACAUAUUACGUACCUGACUUCCUGUCUGUUCUGUACAAAUGCGAGUCUUUGUGUGAGAAUGCAGUGUGUUUACAUGUGGGGGUGCUUGGCAGUGCUCUGUUUCUAUCGUACGCAAGUCGAUAUUUAUGUGGAAAGGGUGUACAUUUGUAAAUAGCCAUUCGCAGACCAAUCGUUUCGUUUUCGCCUCAUACUUGGGAUCACCUAUCGGCCGCAGACCGUAUCAAACAAUAGACGCCAAUAAAGUUAUCUGGAAGA